AUGUUUUCCGUACAAGAGAUCGAAUUUUAUCGCGAAGUAUUCGACGAGUGCGACAAGGAAGGCAUUGGUGAACUACUCCCUGAGUCUGUAGAAACGCUGUUCCAAGAUCGCGAUACAGAUCUGCAAAUUCAAAAACUGCGGAAAAGCAUCAAGAAAGAACAGAGAGAUGGGAAAAUAAGCUUCAACGCCUUCCUGACGAUCAUCCAGAUGGACCCGAGGUUGCGCAGGAUUUUAGCACAGCACGCGAUUCAUCUCCUACCCAAGGUGAAGAUAAAUCAGCUACACAAGAUGUUCGAUGUCUUAGACGAAGACGGAAAUGGUACGAUAGACAUGUCAGAGCUUUCGCACGUCAUCGAAUCUCUGGGCAGAAAACACUCUGUAGAAGAAAUACGCGCGCUGCUCAAAGAGAUCGGCAAACAAGGUGACGACAUGGUGGUCACGUUUGAGGAGUUUGUUUCGAUCAUGAGCUCC